UGACGCGGCCCUCACGUGACUAGGAGUCGACGUGUGCAGAAAUCCGUAUAGUCCAGGCCUGUUUCCCUGUGGCAGCUCCGCCUUGCUGGAGAAGGAAAGUGCGCCGGAUCCUUUCAGGUAGCCUAAAGGGACCCUUUGAUCCAGGUCUGGAGGGCUCAUCAAGCGAGCAUACCGUACCUGUCUGCAGGACUCUUGGUCUUUUGGGCCCGACACGAAUCAAGGUGCAGGAAGAGGCAGGAAAAUCCCCUGGAUCCCUGCAGGAUUAAUUUGUUGGAAAACAAAAUAAAAAAUACUCAACAUGCAAAACUCUUGUGAAGAAAAUGAAGGAAAACCAGAGAAUAUGCCAGAGGCAGAGGAACACCGCCCUUCAGAAGAUUCCCCACAAGAAGCAGAAAGAAACCCUCAACCUUCUGAAGGAGGUAUAAGCCAGGAAGCAGAAGGAAACCUGAGAGGAGGGCCUGCUUCAACUGGCCGGGAAUUUAAAGAGGACAUUCCAGUUAGGCACUUGGACCCUGAAGAAAUGAUAAGAGGAGUAGAUGAAUUGGAAAGGCUUAGGGAAGAGAUAAGAAGAGUAAGGAACAAGUUUGUGUUGAUGCAUUGGAAACAAAGACCUUCGCGCAGCCGUCCUUAUCCUGUGUGCUUCAGGCCUUGAAUUCUUUUUUUUCUGUGAUAUUAAAAUCUGGCCCUUGUUUUCUUCCUGUUAGCAUUUUCUCAUGUAUCUUUGACCUUUGUUUCGCUUUUGAUUACCUGGCGGUAUUCUAUUUUAGGUAGUUUUCUUAUUACCAGCUUCUCAUUGGAUUUUGAAUUUUGCCCUAUUUUCCUGAUUUAAUUUUCAAUUGGAAAGUUUCACACAUAUGCAUGGAAAUACAUUUAAUCUGUUAUACAGUGAAACAUGAUAGGUUACAAACAUCAUAUUUAAUAUCAGCUCACAUAUGUAGGAUGAAAUUCCAAACUGUGUGUGCACUAUAUAUAUAUAUAUAUAUAUAUAUAUAUAUAUAUAUAUAUAUCACUGAACUGAACCGCGCAAAUUUCUUUGUGGUGCGAAUUAUUGUUUUUGUUUUACUUUUUGCUUAUGUGUAUUUUUUUAGUGAACAUUUAUCUCAUCUAUACAAAAAGCUGAGAAUUUUUUAUAAGUCAGAAAAGUAAAUUGCAACCAGCUUAAGGGCAACGGGGGCACUUGAACUCUUGAUGAAAGAACUAUAAAAAAGAAAUGUAAGUCUCACAUUACCUCUGGAUCUCAGCCAGAGGAAUAAAACUGGCAAUUCUCA